UCCUGUCAUUUCGUAAAGUCACGUCACUUCCGUCAUGUGAUUUAGCGAACUCACUUUUUUCACUGAAAAAGCCGCCAUAUUUGUGAUAAUUGUCGCUCAAAAUCAGAAUUCAAAAAACAGUUGUUUUGAUUAGAAACGUUGUUUUUAACGUUGAUUAGCUGUCAGGACUAAACAAUUCGUUCGUUUUUUCUGCAAAGUGAUAAGGGUGCUAUAAAAUGUAGUUUAUUGAUGGUAAAUUAGUGAAGCCGCUGAAACAUCAGACACCGCUGAGACAGCACGGCGGCAUUUAAAGAGGUAGGUACACAGCCUCUGGUAGGUAACUUCUUAUACCAGUCGGUCAUGAGCGCAGCAUGGAUAAAGAAGAGUUUAUAUUUAGGACCUUUUGCAGAAAUUUAAGAUAUUAAAUGUACAUAAACAUAAACAGCGCUUUUUUUCAUUCCUUGAGAACAAUCAAGAAGAACAAAAUAAAUUUCAUUGCUUACCCACCUUACGUAUAUAUAAUUAAAACUUUACGAAGAAUUACUUCGUUUAGAAUUGAAAGCAGUUAGCCUAUCUUAAUUGAACAUUGUUAGCUCAAAAUGCGUAAUUGGGUCAGUGGAUUAUCCGUAAUCGAAAAGUCCGUAGUUUCCUCGUCAAUAGGUACCAUACAUAAAGUUAAUUCCACCUUUAGACGAUAGGUGGUGCUUCAUCAAUCAAGAGACGUAUCUAAAGAAAAUUCAGGAAGGAGUUUUUUUUUGUAGAUGAAUUUUAAUCACUCUAGGUAAAUAAAACAGAUUUUAAAGCCAAGAAUGUCUUAGCGACGAACACUAGUAGAAACGUAUUCAUAAUGUUUAAGUAACAAAUAAGCAUUUUUGUUCUACUUGCAAAAUUAAAUCUCUAUCCAAAUUCUUCUUUGCGUUCAAGUUAUUGUAUUUACUUUCAACCAAUAUUUUUGUUUAUAUCGGUUAUUUUCCGUUGCUUGCGUUCAUCUUAUGUCAAAUAUGUUAUGAAGUAAUAGGCCGAGACUAUCGCUCGACCUUCACAGCUUUCCGCGGACUUAGUCGCUCAAUUGGGAGGUAAUGGGGUCACAUGCCCAAUGACAGUUGUUCUAUGGAUCUUAACGAUAAGGUUAAAUUAAAAUAGCUUAAUGAUAUUCAGUUUCAAACUAACGUUGUUAUCUAUUCGGAGGUUGUCCCAAAUGCUACACUUUUAUAUGUAUAAUUCGAGUUUUCAUUCAUAACGAUAAUUCUCGUACAUUUGGUUUUCGUUUUCAUGUUGUCAUAGUUAAUAAGUACCUAUAGUUACGUCUGUGAUUGGAAACUUCAUUAUUAAUGUCAAAGAAUUUCGUCUUUGGGUGACUUUACAGGAAAUAAAUUAAUCUCUUAUACUGUUUGCAAUUAGUUUUUGCUUUUCUUUCUAUAAUUGAAAUGCAGUCAAUAAAAAAUAAGUUGAUGUUAAGACAUAUUUUUCUAUCCAGCUUCAAUAUACAAUCAUAGAGAUAGAAAAUCCUAGAUGCUCUAACAAUUUGUUUACAUAACGUAAACAAUAUGAAUUCGCAUCAAUAAUCGCUUUGCAACAGUAAAAUAGUUUAGCGACAACGCCGAUGUCGCAACAUGCACCUUGGUAGGGGGUCGUACUUUCCAAGUCACUCUCAGACUGCGCUUGACCACAGCAUAGUGUGCUUAUAACUAGUACUAAAACUGUCUAAACAACCUAUAAAUAAAUAAAAAACAAUCAAAACUUAAUGACAUACAUUUUUAUAAAAAAAAAAAAACUUCGCAUCUAUUUAUGUAAUUUCGACUUACUUCUUUUUGUGCGUUAUUAUUAACAAGUUGUCAUAUUUACGUAAUUAAAUUCAAAUCUAUUCCUGUUACACGAUUUGUUAAUUAUUUCCGAUAAUUUAGUAAAAUGCGUUCAUUAAAGUUGUUAAUUAUAAGUGCGUUAGUGGUGUGCUGCUCACAAGUAACGAAGAGCGAACAAGAAGCUUAUGAGAUCGAGAAAAUCUUCGCUUCGUGUAAGAAAACUUCACCCGACUUCGAUGGGUGCAUAAAGCGGGCCUUCAACAAGGUCCGACCUUAUUUCAAACUCGGUAUCCCGGAGAUGGGAGUGGCGCCCUUCGACCCUCACUUCGCGCGGGAGGUCAAACAGUCUCGAGCCAUCAAUGGGAUCGGAUAUACGCUAACGCUGAAGGACGUGUUCGAACGAGGAUGGUCACAGUCAACCGUCACCAAGUACAAGACCGAUUGGGAUAACCAGAGAAUAGUUUACUCGCAAUACUUCCCCGAAAAAUGGCUUAACGGUGACUAUGAAUUCAAGGGAGACGCAUUCGGUCUAGGCGUACUCCGGUCUGGUCGCUGGAACCUGACGCUGCGUGAUUACUCGCAGACGACGCGCAUCAAGCGCAACGGCACCGGCGUGGACGUGCACGUCGAGGUCGACCACAUCGGGGACAUGGAGAUACACGUCGGGAACCUGCUGCGCGGGAACGGCAUACUCGAGCGCAUGCUGGACCGCCUUAUCAAUGUGACGUGGAAGCCAGGGUUCGCGGUCAUCAGGCCGCUCAUCAACGACCUGGUCAGCACGGCCUUCACCGACAUCUGGAGCCAUUCCUUCAAAAACUUCCCGCUCGAUAACUUUAUCAGAGAUUGAUGAUAACGGCUUUGAAGUAUGCCAAGUGCCAGUUAGUUUAUUAUUUAGCAAUUAAGAGUAGAUAUAUAUCACCUUAUAUUAAGGGUUUAGUCAUCGAUUCAUGAUCGUUUAACAAAAUUCAAUGAGUUCGACACGGUUACUAGUUUAGAAAAAAAAAAUGUAAUAUAAUAUAGCGCUGUAAUUAAAUAAAUAAACUAGUCAUCAAAA